AACAGCGCUUUUUGUUGUGGUUCUCCGCUUUGUGCCUUUCAAUUGUUUCAGUUUUCUUGUCGUCGAGGGCGAUUAAGGCAUCUUGCCCAGGCGACGAUGUGGCGUACAUAGAAUCUCUCUGCAGUCAUGCUCCUCCGGUUGCCCAAUGUGGUGGCCCGUAGGAUGUUCAUCAUCCUCGUCCUAAUGGUAAUUGUAGGCCUCUUCUACAUCUACAGUUCGGAAAAUAAAUACCAUUCAUGCUUCAUGGAGGGCCAAGUACUGGCAACUCAGCAGGCGCUAACUGCAGAUGGCGAAACGAAUCUGUUGGACGACGUCCUCCAGGCGGAUCCCAAGCCCUCGCCCGGAAACAGUAUCUUCUUUCAUGAGACCAGUUGCCGCCUAUCUGAGAACAGGCAGCUGGAGACGCUGAAGGUCACUGCCCGCCAGGCAUGCGCAAUCGAGUCGGCAGCGAUGCAUAAUCCGAAUUUCCAAGUGUUCGUCCUGUUCGCCGGCCCCACCUAUCGAAUCUCCAACAACAAUAGCCAUCCCCAACCAUUGGUGGAGGCCAUUCUCAGUUACAGCAAUGUCCAUCUACGACGACUGAAUCUUGAGAGUUACGCAUCCGGUACGCCCAUGGAGGAGUGGCUCAAAGAUGGUCGCUUGUCGCGGUCAAAAUAUUUGUUCUCGCACAUAUCAGACUUUCUCCGCUACCUCACCCUCUAUCGGUAUGGCGGUCUUUAUCUGGACAUGGAUGUGGUGGUGCUACGCAACAUGGAGAAGGUGCCGCCCAAUUACACGGGUGCUGAGUCCAACACCCAUUUGGCAGCUGGCGUUAUGAACCUGGCAGCCACUGGCUUCGGCCACGAGAUCGCCGCGUCCUGUUUGCGCGACUUUCAGCACAACUUUAACGGCGAGGACUGGGGCAACAAUGGGCCAGGGGUGAUAACCCGGGUGGCUCAGAAGAUAUGUGGCACCGAAGACAUUGCUCUGAUGCAAGAGGACCCCAAGCGCUGCAUGGGCUUCAAAGUAUUCGGGCGGGGUGCCUUUUACGCCGUACCCUGGAAGCGGUGGCGCGACUUUUUUGAGCCGGAAAAGUUGGAACAGACAAUGGCCCGGUGCAAGGACUCGUAUGUAGUGCACGUGUGGAACAAGCACUCAAGCAAGCUGCCUAUCAAACAAGGAUCUAAGAACGCCUACGCCUUGUAUGCCGAACAAAAUUGCCCGAGAUCGUACAAGGCGGCUGGCGAAUACUUCUAGAAUUAGUACGGUAAUCAAGCACUUAUCAUUUGUAUAUGAAUGUUUACCGCUGCAAGCCAAAGUCGUCGCCCUGCAAAGGUGCCAUUGCUAAAUGUAUCCCCACCCAUUUGCUGUCAUGUAGUUGGCAUUAAGUUUCAUUGUCAUUCCAAGCGAUGUCAGCUUACCCAAACGCACAUCCGCAGCACAUUUCAAGACAAACGAAUUGUUUUUUUAUUUUAUAAGCUUUACCUCUCGUCCAAUUGCACAUUAUACAUAUGAAUUAAAUACUGAUUGUGAAUAUCAUUCGAUAAUAUAAGCAAACGAACAACUCACAAA